ACCACUAGCAUUCCCCGUACCUGGUCACUCUGUCGCUAAUGUUGAGCUAAUACAAAUCGUUGCGAGUGGGAGUAAUGCAUGGCCCACAAAAAAAGAGGAAAAAAAAAUUGGAAUACGUGCGGGCGCUGUAACGCAGCCCCAAAAAGUGUGUGUGCAAAAGGCAAAGCCUCAAAAGUGUCAUAAAACGGCAGUCGGAAAGGCCGCCACUCGUCGCGCAGAAUAAAGUUUUUGCGACCGAAAAACUCAAAUCGAAUGCGAAAAUAAAUCAGUUUCUGUGGUUGGUCGGGGGUCCAUGGGCAGCAGUAGCAGCAACAACAACAUAAACGCGACUAGUUUAACGCAUUGUGGAACGCUGAGGCGUUAAUGCUGCUUAUUUAUUUAUAAAACAUGCUUCGCAUGACUAAUGAAACGGGUUGACGGGUUAUUAAAAACGAAAAUACUCACUAAAGUCGAUAAAACAGAAAAAAAAAAACUCCCAAGGCUUACACAUACACAUCCGAAAAUAAUAUUUGUGGUGGCGCCUGGGGUCCAACAAUUAGCCAUAAAAGGAGGAUUACAGAAAUACCAACAAUAUCAACAGUAAACAACCUACAAUUCAUCAUUGUUAAUUGUCAACAAAAGGCAAAUUUAUUAACGCUAACUAAACACUAAAAAUAAACGCAGCCAGGCCAGGCAGCACCCCAGAGCCCACAACCCACAGCCCAGAGCCAGCAAGUAAUUAUGCUUGACCCUGGUCCAACAAUAGCUAUAUCCAAAUCCAAAUCCGCAGCCGCCGCAUCUCCGAUUCCCGCGACGGAGAGACACCAAAGCUGAGGCGAACAAACAAAAAAAAAAAUUCAAACUGAAAACUGGGAGUCGCAUCGCAAACGUUGCAAAGUUCGCAAGCGUUCCAUUCUCAACCGUAAUACUCACAGAUCGGGGGGAAAAAAAAGGAACAAAAUACGAAAAGAUACAAUACGCAAAAGAAACAAACAUUUAAGGUAAUAACAGAUCGAAAGCAGAGUCCAGACUGAAACUGAAGACCGACACUGCGACUGAGAUUCCGGAGAUUAGCUAACGACAGCAAUGAUGGCCGGCAGUGUGCACAACACGCGCAUGCUGCGCUUCCUCUUGGUCCUCAUCGUGGUGAUACUCACUAUUUUCAUCUACGCCUCGUACUCGGCGACGGGGAAUCUAACGCCGAACCACAUCCACCCGGCCGCCUCGCCUCCUCAGCAACUCAUCGCCAACAAUCCCGGCCAGCAAAUACUCCAGACCGCCAACAACAGCACCGACAAGGAGUACGGCCACCGGCAGGCUGCCAAGGAGACUGCCAGUGGCAAGAUAGUCAGCAUAAAGGCGGCGGAGAUCCAUGAGAUUCAUCGAAAACACUCGCAGCACCGGCUACCCACAAUCGACGAGGAUGCCCUGCUGGAUGGUGGCUCUGCCGGAGCCAGUCCCCAGGUGGGAGGCCCCGAGCUGACGCCCAACAUCAUGGCGGAGGAGCUGCUGGAGGAGCAGCAGUACGGCCAAAGCGUUGAUGGCGUUACCGGUAACAUCAACAGCAGCACCAACAACAACAUCAACAACAACAAUAUCAACAGCGUUGGCAACAACACUGGCGACACGUUGCUUGUGAAACAAUCAGUUCCUGUCCCACAACAACAGCAACCACCUCAGUCCCCAUCCCAGUCGCAGUCGCAGUCACAACCGCAGGCCCAAGCCCCACAACCCGACGCAGAGAUUCUCAUUCCCACUUCCAAUUUGCAAAAGUUCAUCGAGAACGCCGAUAAGAUUCUGAAGAACAUCACCUCCAACAGUAGCACGGGCAAUGGAGCUUCAGCAGCCGCUGCAGGAAAUGACCAGAAUACAGAGAAGGGCAAUCAACCGGAGGUGGUGCAAAUGAACUUGGCGGACGGCAGGCUGGAGGUCUUUGAGGCCGAGUCCGAGAAGAAGGAGCAACCGCCGCCGUCAAAGGCGAUCCAGGAGAUCAAGGAUACGAAGGGCGAUGCAAAGUUAGAGAAGUCCGAGAAACCACCGGCGCCCAUUGUGCGGACAACGAAGGGCGGCGCUGGCAGCAAGAGUCCGGCCAAACAGCCCGGUGCUCCAGUGGAUCCGUCGAAGGGAGUGCCCACCGAGCAGCUAUACGAGCCAGGUCACCUGGACGACGAGAUCGAUGCAGAGCGCAUUUGCCCGAAGGAGGGAAAGUUUAUCAAGCUCCUGGUUCUCAUCAGCUCCGCCAUGUCACACGAGGCGGCUAGGAUGUCCAUACGACAGACCUGGAUGCACUACGGCACAAGGCGGGACGUGGGAAUGGCCUUCGUCCUCGGACGGGGCAACAAUGAUACUCUUAACAAGGCCCUAACCCAGGAGAACUUCAUAUACGGAGAUCUGAUACGGGGCAACUUCAUCGAUUCCUACAACAAUCUAACAUUGAAAACGAUCUCGACGUUAGAGUGGGCGUAUCUGCACUGUCCGCAGGCCAAGUACGUACUGAAAACCGAUGACGACAUGUUCAUCAAUGUGCCGAAGCUGCUGGCCUUCCUCGACAAGCACAAGGACAAGCGGACCAUAUACGGACGGUUGGCCAAGAAGUGGAAGCCCAUACGUAACAAAAAGUCCAAGUACUACGUGUCCGUGGAUCAGUUUGCGGCGGGCGUGUUUCCAUCGUUCACGACAGGACCUGCCUAUGUCCUCACCGGGGACAUUGUGCACGAGCUGUACGUGCGAUCGCUGAAGACCGUCUACCUGAAGCUGGAGGAUGUCUUCACCACGGGCAUCGUGGCCCAGGCACUGGGCAUCAAACGGCUGCAGGCCAACGAGUUCGUUAACCGGCGCAUCUCGUUCAAUCCCUGCAACAUCCGCAACGCGAUCAGCGUGCACAUGAUCAAGUCAAACGAACAAUUCGAUCUGUGGAAGAAGCUGCUGGACCAGACCACCAAGUGUAAAUAGUAUUUUAAGUUUAGGGUUUAGUUCUUCGGCUUAAACGAAUCGAUAAGAAUCGGAAAUGUAGUAAAAACAAAAAAAAAACAAUAGGGAGGUCUGCAAAUAUAUGUAAUAUGAUACGAGUAUAGAUUGUUUAGCAAAUGCAGCUAUAGAAUUAUAGGAGAUAGUGUAGCCUCUAAGUCCUAGGAAUAUCACAAAUUUCGCAACCUGAAGCGUUGCGAAUACCUUUUAAAAGAUUCUAGUUUAAUUUUAGCAUUCUGAAUGCCAUUAUUUAAAUUAUAAUUACUGAGCGAUAACUGUGGUUAUAUCUUAACACUGAAUAUAUGUCUGUAUAUCGAGCGAAAA